AUGGAAGAAGACCAUCAAGAACUCCAACUUCUCCCAUCCCCACACACAACCAAUUUACCACCUUCAUCAUCAUCACCAUCAAAACCUUCAACAACAACAUGGGCUGCCUCAGAUUCCACCAUAAAGCUCCAAUCAAUGAAGAAUUUGAACCCUUUUGUUGAGGGACCAUCUCUAGACCUCCAAUUGUCCAUAAGUUUUAGGACCAUAAAAAACAAUAGGCCUAAAACCAAAGACCAUUUCAUCAACACCAACAGCAAAAGCAACAAGAAUGAUACCAGUAAUAAUAUGAUGAUGGUGACUAUGGAUGGUUCGGUGGAGGCGUUGAAAUGGCAGGCAGCCGAACAGAUUCGGCUCGCGGCCAUGGAAAAGGCGUACGCCGAGCGGGUUAGGGAGCUGAGCCGGCGAGAAAUGGAGAUGGCGCAGACGGAGUUCGCGCGCGCGAGGAGUAUGUGGGAAAAGGCUAGAGAAGAAGUUGAGAAAGCUGAGAAGUUGAAGGAAAGAGCCACACGGAUUUCCUCCAUGGAGGAUGCUUCUACUUCUACUAUUUUUGGUGGCAUGGCUUGAAUUUCUCUUCUGGAUUUGUAUUGAAGGAGAUCAUGGAUUGAGAAAGAGAGCACAACAAAGUCUUUGCUGCCUUUAAUUGUUUUUGUGCCCCCCACUUCAAUGUGUUUGUAUCAUAUCUUACACCAUAGCGUUUAUUCCAUCUUCAUGACUCUAGCUAGUUACUACUAACUACUACUGAUUAAUCCAUGCGUCUCUCAGUUAUAUCAUAAGCAACCUCCUCCCUAGAUUUAAUUAGGUCUCUAAUUAAUGAGGAAUGACACUUAAAAAAAGGUGAGUUUUUCUCGAC